CUGUCAUGUCAUUCCGGAUAAGUUUUGUUGUGUUGUUGUUGUCCAUCGUCCUAGAUUUUUAUGUGGCAAAUUAAUAUUAUCGUAUUGUCCUGUGCUAUUCUCUGUUUUGUUUAAUGUUUAGUGUAGCAAAUUGAAACUAUAUUCCCUGUUAAUUGAUUUAAAAAAAAAGUGUUUAUAGAUUUUCAUAAUUCAUUAAUAAAGACAAUAAUCAGCUGUAGUGAAUUAAUGCCGAAGCCGAAGGUUUCAAAUUGAAAUCACAAAAGACAAUCAUAGCAUUAUUAUUUCAAGCAAGAAGAACAUUUUUGGUUUCGGGACUUGUUCAAAUUUGAAGCAAUUCGAAUGGCCGAGGACAAAGCAUCAUCAUCUACCAAAUUUUCGGUUUCUUCUGAUACAAGCGAUUGGACCUGUGAAGAAUGUGGCAACGUAAACUUUGCAAGACGAACUGCCUGUAACAGAUGCCAAACAGGUAAAGGUCCCACUACUGCUCAUAAACGUAAACUGGGAAACAAGGAAAUCGGCAAGUCCGUUGCAGAAAAAAGUAGGGGUCUUUUUAACGCCAACGAUUGGCAAUGUAACAAAUGUGGAAAUGUGAAUUGGUUCCGUCGUCAAGAGUGUAACGUUUGCAAUGCCCCCAAGUUUCAGGAGGUUGAAGAACGGACUGGCUUGGGAGGUGGUUAUAAUGAUAGAGGAGUAGUUGAAUAUAAGGAAAGAGAGGACUCCGAUGACGAGUUUGAUGAGUUCGGUAGAAAGAGAAAAAAGAGGUCUAACAACUACGCUUCAAGCGAGUAUAGAAAAGAUGACGAGGAUUCAGGGAAAAAACAAGGAGAAGAAGAAGAAGAAGUAGGGGAAGAAGAAGAAGAGGAUGAUGAUGAUGAUGAUGGAGAUUUAUCCAAGUAUGAUUUAUCGGAUUGGGCUGAUUUGAAAGAAGAUACUAAAAAAGCUGAGAAAUAAGUACCUACCUAUAUUUUCCAAAGCAGUAGAUAACUCUUGUGAAUUGAAUACUUGAAUCGUUAGAAUUUAUUCUAUUAUACUUAUGACAACAGGGUCUGCUAGAUAAAACUUUUUUUUAUGUUAAUUUAUAUUGUAUGUCUUGUCCGUCACGUCACAUACUUUGUUCAUGAAAAUUGAUUCCCAGUUUAUUGUGUAUUUUAGAUUGAUUUUACCUUUUCUUAAGUAAUAAAACAGUAGGUAUUUUAUAUUCAA